AUAUAGUCUUCUCACAAUGACCUCAGUACCUUGGAAACCUUUCAUCUCCCCUACCGACCUCGAGAUCGCCCAGGACGGCCUAAAGAUCUCGUUCCGAACGCUUCCCAAGACCGACUGGUGGAGAACAGGAAAAGUACACAGUACAUCCGGAGCGUACGUUGCGGUCGAGCACGAUACGCUGUUGAAAGAUGUCAAGAGUUUCAAGUUGGAGGCUUCGAUUGAAGUGAAUGGGGGGCAUCAGGUCGACCAAGCCGGUCUUUUCCUCUACAUCUCCGACACCCUCUGGAUCAAGACCGGUCUCGAAGUAGUCGACGGCCAAGCGAGGGUAUCCUGCGUAGUGACGGACUCGUAUGCCGACUGGUCGCUCUACCCUUUCGAAAACCAAACCGCCCAUCGCUUCUCCAUCCAGAUCGAGGCUCAAGAAUCCGAGCCCCUUCCUCUGAUCAAGAUCAGCUAUAACGGGCACAUCCUUCGAGAACUACCUGCGUUCGGUAUGGCUCAGGGGACGGGCCAGGGGACGGGGAAAUUCAGGGCGGGCGUGAUGGGGUGUUCGCCGUUGUCUGAUGGGUGUGAGGUGUCUUUCGAGGAGAUCUCGGUUGAGGGCUCUUGAAAGGGAGAGAUAGGGAUCCUGCUUGGACACCGUAACGACAGGGGAGAAGCGCGACGAGGACACUAUGCAUAGCCAUAGGACAGGAAAAACGAUGUUCUCAUGACUGUGCCGACGAUGAAACAUCAUGCUCAGUACCAUCUUGCCUGAAACACCGCUCAAUCAUACAAUCACGUUUCUGCC